AUGCAAUCAUUAAGUGAUAAGGAAAUUAUCAAAAAAUUUAAAACAUAUUGUUCAAAGGAACAUAUUAACACAUCUAAUAUUUUGGCUAUCACCAUUCAACUAAAUCGUUCAACCAAGUGCACAAGUUUUAUCAUUGAUUUUGAUAAUGAAAAGUUAUUGAAAGCCUAUACACUUGAAAAUGAUGGGAAAACAGUUGACAAGUAUGCUGGAUCUUUUUCCAUUAGUUACCAUGCCAAUUUGCCAAGACUGGAUGAGAGUGCACCUGCCCAAGUCGAUGCUCCUGGAUCAGCUCCAUUUUGUUGUCACAACCUGGUUCCAUUCAAGCCAACUCGAACUGCUAGGGACUCUGUAUUUGCCGAUUUACUGUCUGGUCAAGGGAACCAUCCCGACAUUGUCUAUGAAGUCAAAGCACAAGUUGACAAUGGUCCCAUGAUCAGUACAAGAUAUUUCAAGGUGCUCAGCAGCAAGAUCAAGGAAAUCGAUCGUGACAACAACACCAACAAAAUCCAUUCAUUCAAAAACUACAAGUGUCCAACCCACAAUCGUUUCUAUGGUAUCGAUCUUUACUCUACAAGAGAAGGUUCCAACUAUCACCAUAUGCGUGCCAGUCCAUUUGAAAAAAGAGAUAUGGAGGUUUUAGAUUCUUUUUUUAAAGAAUUUGAUAUUUAA